GUAGUGUCAGAAUAUCUUUAGUUAACGCCGCAAGUGUUCUUCUUAUUUUAAUACAAUGAAAACUGACACCGCGUUGUUUUUUAUUAUUUUUAGCUUAUUGUUUGUUUCAACUAAAGUUUAUGCGUACAGAAAUUUCGAAUUGAACGAAGAUCUGCGUGUCGUAUUGGCAUUAGAAAAUGAAGAUGUGACAAUCGUGUGCAAAACGGAGAUGCCCAUGGCAUAUUGUGGUUUCGUGCAUCCUAGUGGAAAGAGAUAUUCAUUUUCAGGUCCCAGCUUGGAAAACGGCUUAUGCAACCUUCGAGUUAAAGUUACGAUGAAAGACAGCGGUGAAUGGAGAUGUCAUAUUGGAAAACGGAGUAUAGGCGAGGAGGUCAGUCAGAGAAUUGUAAUCAGGGUUGUGGAUCAAGUAGCUGCGCAGUCGCCGAGGGUCACUGCUGUCCAUGGGAAAGAGAUAACGUUAUCUUGUGUGACUACUAAAGAAAAAAUACCACUAAGAUAUUGUCGAUUUGAACCACCCAAUGGAACCCCGUUUAGUAUCAAUUCAGCUGUUAAGCCGUCACAGUCUAUUCUGGGCAAGUACUAUUAUCCGCAAAACUUGAGCCUGGAUCGUGGGGACUGCGCAGUCACCAUACGCAAGGUCAAGUACACGGACGUUGGUGAUUGGACAUGUGGUGUCGGACUCGACGACGGCAAAGAAUAUACUGAUGUUAUCAAGCUUCAUGUUGAAGGUCUCUACGCUAUGUCCACGGCGUCCACGACUGGCGUCGCAUUUGGGGCAGUAGCCAUAGUGGUAUUCCUUACCAUUCUGGGCUUUGUCACAUGGAAGAAACGCCGCUUGCUCGGCACCUCUGACCAAACCCCGGAAACCAUAGAUAUACAGGAAUUGAGAGUCAGACCUGGAACACCCACGUCGCAAAGAUCUAGGACUCCGCCUAUGGAAAGAGCAAUGCCUUCAGUUGUUGUACACUCUCCGUCGGACCCUGACACAUCUUCUAGGUUGAUGUAAAAAGAGAAUGAAUGAAGAGGAGCAUACAAAUGACUUAAACAAUAACAACAAAUUCUUAGAAGGAACAAACAUCAGAUAUGCAGUACUUAAAAUAUUAAAAUAUAACUAGAUAAUCUCAGUACAGAGUAUCUACUAAUAAAAUCGUCCUCAAAAGUACGUGGAAUUACAUCUAUUUGCCAAGUUUUAUUGAAAUCGG